AGUACUCGUCAUAAACGUUGGAAAAGGACAUUUAAACUUCAGCUAAACUUUGUAUGGUGUAUAAAGACAACACGGUCAAAGACAGAAUAAGUUAAAGUUGUUUGUUUUUGUCUGUAUUUUGUUCUGUAGCGGUGGUGUUUUCGCUUUCUUUGUGUACAACAAUUGCAGACGCUCCCUUCCGGUGGACGCUGGUGACCGUUCACCAGCUCACAUUUUGCGCUAAACUGCGCGAAAUAGCUGAUUAAUAUAUCGCAUGAUGGGAGUUUUGAUAUAAAAUUAAUGAUAAUUUGAUGCACGGAAAAGUUUAGUUUCUGCACAUGUCGCGCAAAAUACGUAACGUUAGCGUGUGGAAAUGCCCAGCGCAUUCAACAGAGCUUACUUCAGGUGAUAGUCGGUGAGCGAUGAACUUCCUCAUGUGAGUCAGUCGAUAGUCAGCAGGUCAGCAGCAUCGGCACGUCAACAUGUCGUCGCUUAAAGACGCUCUGGAAUCCGGACUUGACUUCAUUGAAUUUCUGGGAGACAGAACAUCCAUCACCAGCAAAACGGAACUUCGGGAAAUCUACAACUCUGAAUUUAAGGGCAGAAAAGGAAUAAAGGACCCUUCCUUUUCCAGUGUCCUCUAUGCCCUAGUGAAGUUCAACAAAGCCCGCAUAAGACAGGGGACCAUCUACAUAAAUGUCAAACCUCAGAUUCGAGUGUACUGUGACCAAUGGAGGAGGCCCCGGGCCCCUCAGUCACCACCCAGUCCCAGCGCUAGCCCUCAGAAGUCAAACCCCUCUGUCCCCUCUACCCCCGUGACCCCUGUGCUGACCCCCAAGAAAAAGCUGGCUACACAAAUCGUUCGCAAGUUAAAAGGGAACUGGAAAGAGUUGACAGCUGACAAAGGGGGCAUUGAGGUCUCCUCAGACCCCGCGGCGAUUGGCAGGAAGGUUCAGCUCACUGUGGAUCGCCUGAACGAGUUGUUCGUCCUCCGGUUCCACAUAGUAAACAAGGGCACAAACUGCGUCCAUUUCACCUACUACACUGCCUUGCACAAGUUCCGCUGUUUCACUCUGGAGGAUGAGAGGAGAGUGACCAGAGCUUGUCCGCUGUUCCUCUGUCCUGGAGAGAGCUAUGAGGUUGUGGUUCGGUACACACUGAGCCACUAUGGAUAUUUCCCUGCCACGAUGUACUUUGAGUUUUGUGAGGAUCUGGAAGGAGCGGUGCCCUUUUGCAUUGUGAGGGAGAUGGAAGCAACAGCCAGGACCCCGCUGGCUGUGGAGCUUGGGCCCGUGUCUCCUUACAAACCAUUUCAGGUGGUCACAUACAACCGCGUCGACAGCGUGAUAGUUGACGGAGUGCCUCCUGAGAGUACUGUCGCCCAGCCUCUGAAGAUGAAAGUGAAAUUGGGAGAUUAUAGUUACCCCAAAUACCUAAAGGAACUGGCAAAACAAAGGAUGGAGGACUCUCAGUACCUCUCUUCAGCUGCCAGGCCAAAACUGGCAUCAGUGAAGGGUCUCCUCAACUCCCCCUCAGAGAUGAAGACGUACUCUCAGCGAUUUCACCUUCUGCUGCACCUGGAAGAGAUACAGAUGGAGGUGGACAUCAGGAAGUAUGACCUUCACAAUCAAACUAUGACUCAAGACAAAAGCAGCAAAAAACUGCUUACACUCAGAGUGCCUGGUGUUGCUGAGAAUCGACCAUCUGUACUACGAGGAGAUUGUCUGUGGGUGUCCAAAUCUGGAGACACGGUCCGGCCCAUGACCGUGUACAGCGGAUAUGUUCACAGAGUGGAGCUGGAUAGGGUGAAGCUGGGCUUUUCGAAGAGGUUGUUGCAGAUUUUCAUCACCAAUAUGAAGUUUGACGUGGAGUUUACAAUCAACCGGUACUCCUUGAAGCUCCAGCAUCGGGCGGUGGACUUGGCUGUAACCCAUAAGCUGGAAGAGGUGCUGUUCCCGUCUGGUGCAGCAGUGGCUAAUCUCCCCAUGCCUAAACUCAGGAUGUUCAACAGUCAGCUGGAGAACAACCCGGAGCAACAUGCUGCCGUCCAGCGCAUUGUAGCUGGAUCAUCAAAGCCCGCUCCUCAUCUUGUGUUUGGGCCUCCUGGAACUGGAAAGACAAUCACUCUGGUUGAAGCUAUGAAUCAGGUCAGCCGGGCAGACAAGUCAGCCCGCAUCCUCGCCUGUGCACCUUCAAACAGUGCAUGUGACCUCCUCUGUGAGAGGCUGAUGGUACACAUGGAUCCUCAUCGGAUUUACCGUGUGUACGCCAGCAGCCGAAGCCCAAACAGUGUCCCAGUGAACCUGCUGAAAUAUUGUAACUGGGACCAGAAACUAGAGGCCUUUGUGUUUCCAGGGAUUCAAAUUCUGAUGAAAUACAAAAUCAUAGUUACAACUUUGGUCACAGCUGGCAGACUUGUGUCUGGAGGAAUCCCUGUCGGCCAUUUUUCCCAUAUCUUUUUGGAUGAAGGAGGCCAGGCAGUGGAGCCAGAGUGCGUCAUUGCCAUUGCAGGUCUACUUAGUGCAGAAAAGGGUCAGCUGGUGUUGGCAGGAGAUCCCAAGCAGCUGGGACCGAUCCUUCGAUCACCUUAUGCACUGCAGCAUGGACUCGGGCUUUCUCUGCUUGAGAGACUGAUGAAACACAACCCUUUAUACCAGAAAGGUAAAGACUCCGGACACUUUGACACCCGCUUUGUCACCAAAUUGCUGCGAAACUACAGGUCUCAUGCUUCCAUUCUGAAAAUCCCCAAUGAGCUGUUCUAUGAGAAUGAACUGCAGGUGUUUGCUGACCAGUGGGAGCGGGAGAUCUACUGCAACUGGGAACACCUUCCCAAAAAGGGUUUCCCACUGAUCUUCCACGGGGUGAUGGGGAAAGACGAGAGAGAGGCCAACAGUCCGUCUUUCUUCAACGUGUCUGAGAUCGAAGUUCUGGUAGACUACCUCACCAAGCUUAUUGAAACACAAGGGAAGAAGGGUCUCCCCAAACUCUCUGCAAAAGACAUCGGGAUAAUCGCCCCCUACAGGAAACAAGUCGAGAAAAUCCAAAAAGCCCUGAAGUCCGUCCCAGCUCUGAAGCGAUGGAGUGAUCUCACAGACCUCAAGGUGGGGUCUGUGGAGGAGUUUCAGGGACAAGAGAAGAAGAUCAUCAUGGUCUCUACCGUCCGCAGCAGCAUCAACUAUAUCAAGAUGGACAAAGACUUCAACAUUGGAUUCCUGUCUAAUGAAAAGAGAUUCAACGUGGCCCUGACCAGAGCCAGGUCCCUGCUGAUAGUUGUGGGAAACCCUGUGAUCCUCAACAAGGACCCCUACUGGGAGAAGUUCAUCCGCUACUGUGUGAACGAGCAGGGUUACACUGGAUUUAACUUUGAAGACGCAGAAGGAGAGGAUGAUAUUGUGUCUAGACUGGCAACCUUGAAAAUCAACGUGGCUUCUGACAAUCCUGUAGAAGAGGGGAGUGCCUUCCAGCAGAAUCUGGACCCUGAGUGGAAACAUGAGCAUUAACAUCUCCCCUAGCCAACCAACAUAAAUCAAAGAACCAUUGCAGUGAAAUCCUUAAAAUAUUAAAUGUAAGCACUUAAAGAUGCGUAGCAAGUAUCAAUUUUUCAUUUUUCCUCUCUACUACUUUUAAACACAACAUUGGCGUCUAUUAUUUAAGAAUAUAUCCUUUAACUUUUCUAAGAGCAGUGUUCAUAUUUUGGUGCAAUAAAACCACUUGGUUUGUGACAAUGUCAAAUUGUACCAGUGAAAUUU